GUGCGCCUAUGCGCAGCGGAAGAAGAUGAGGGUGAGCUCCGUGCGGGCGUCUCUGUCCUCCAGAUUGAAACCCAGUCUUCCAAAUCAACCCCUCAAGUUUUCCAAUAUUUCAUCUGCACCCACUCCGGUUAGGCUUCAGACUCCCCUCUUCCUCAACCCAGCAGAUUACAGGGCCACCUUAUCAGACCUCAAAAAAUGGCAUCUUUGGGCAAAAGGCUUGGCCUCCUCGGUUGGGACAAAAUUUUUGGACCUAGACAACGGCCCUGACUCGGCCCUCUUGCACAGGGAGCUCAACUGGCUCAUUGAGGAUUCGCUCGAGGACCCCAUUACACUUCUAUCGGAUAAUAGCGAUGAUAGCUUAGUGGUGCCAUUGAGGGCAUGUUUGGAUGAUCUUUAUAUGUUGUGGAAUCAAAGGAUUGAGGGGAGAAGGCCAUUCCAGUAUUUGGUUGGGUGUGAGCAUUGGAGGGAUUUGGUUUUGAGUGUUCAAGAAGGGGUUUUGAUUCCAAGGCCUGAGACUGAGCUGAUUGUGGACUUUGUCAGUGAUGUGACAAAAGAGAAUGAGGUGUUGAGGGAAGGGUUGUGGGCUGAUUUGGGGACCGGGAGCGGAGCGCUUGCGAUUGGGAUUGGGAGAAUUUUGGGUUCUUGUGGAGGAGUCAUUGCCACUGAUUUAAGCCCUGUUUCUGUAGCAGUUGCUUCUUAUAAUGUGCAGAGGUACUCUUUGCAGGAUAGAGUUGCAAUAAAGCAAGGAUCUUGGUUUGAACCUCUGAAGGAUGAUGAAGGAAAAUUUGCUGGAAUUGUUAGUAAUCCACCAUAUAUUCCCAGUGAAGAUAUUGGACGACUACAAGCUGAAGUAGGUAGACACGAACCAAAACUUGCGCUUGAUGGUGGUGCUGAUGGCAUGAAUGACCUUCUCCAUAUAUGUAAUGGCGCUACUUCUAUGCUAAGACCUGGUGGAUUUUUCGCUUUUGAGACAAAUGGAGAAAAACAGAGCAACUUUCUCGUGGACUGCAUAGGAAGUCAAUCAGAAGGGAGAUUCUGUGAUGUUAAAGUUGCAUCAGAUUUUGCGGGGAUCAAGAGAUUUGUGACUGGCUAUAGAGCAGGAUAAGUUUUGAUACAAGCACUUGUCUGUGAUAAGUUUCUAGGAUCUUUUUAUUGAAAGCCUCUUCAGAUAACUUUGAUCCGUGUGAAUAGGACCAUGUUUAGCGUCUACCCAUUUAAUGAUUUCAUUUCGAAGUUGACUUGGAAUCA